AUGCUUCUGCGUUUCCCCCUCUUUGCAAGCCUGGUCGGUUCAGCAAUUGCUGCAACUCCAGCUCAAUGGCGGUCCCAAUCUAUCUAUUUCAUGCUCACUGAUCGGUUCGCUCGAACUGAUGAAUCGACCACUGCCAGUUGCGACACCAAAUACGGAAGAUAUUGCGGCGGUACCUGGAAAGGCAUUGAGAAAAAGUUGGACUAUAUUCAAGGAAUGGGAUUCACGGCCAUCUGGAUUACUCCCAUUACUACUCAAAUGGAGGGAACCACUGCCGAUGGAUCUGCCUACCAUGGAUAUUGGCAGCAGGACAUCUAUGGUCUCAAUUCCGAAUAUGGCACGGCUGAUGAUCUGCACUCCCUCAUUUCGGCUCUUCACGACCGGGACAUGUACAUGAUGGUCGAUGUUGUUGCCAAUCACAUGGGAUAUGACGGCUCCGGAGACUCAGUUGACUACAGUGUUUUCGACCCAUUUGACUCUCAGAAGUACUUCCAUUCUUAUUGCAAAGUCUCCGACUACAGCGAUCAAACAAAUGUCGAGGAUUGUUGGCUCGGUGACUCGACUGUUUCUCUACCAGAUCUAAACACAGAAAGGAACGAUGUUCAGAGCCUGUGGUAUGAUUGGGUUGGAUCACUGGUGUCCAACUAUUCAAUUGACGGUAUACGCGUUGACACUGUCAGACAUGUCCAGAAGGAUUUCUGGCCGGGUUUUAACAAAGCUGCCGGUGUGUACUGUGUAGGUGAAGUAUUUGACGGUGAUGCGGGAUUUACCUGUCCCUAUCAAGAAGUCAUGGAUGGUGUCCUCAAUUAUCCGGUCUAUUUCCCGCUACUAAGAGCCUUCCAGUCUACUAGUGGGAGUAUGAGCGAUCUUUACAACAUGAUAAAUACCGUGAAAUCCACAUGUUCCGACUCAACGUUGCUUGGAAACUUUAUUGAAAACCAUGACAACCCUCGUUUUGCUUCGUAUACGGAUGACAUUUCUCUUGCAAAGAAUGUGGCAGCGUUCACCAUUAUGGCUGACGGGAUCCCAAUAAUAUACGCGGGUCAGGAACAGCACUACAACGGGGGUAGUGACCCAUACAAUCGCGAGGCUGUCUGGCUUUCCAAAUAUGACACAGACAGCCCAUUGUAUAAGCUGAUUGCGAAGGGGAAUGCUAUCCGCUCGCGUGCAAUUUACCAGGAUGAUGGUUAUCUCUCUUACAAGAAUUAUCCGAUAUAUCAAGAUCAAACAACCCUCGCAAUGCGGAAGGGCUACAAGGGCACUCAGACCAUCACAAUUCUCUCCAACAAGGGUACUGAUGGAGACGGAUAUACCCUUAAUCUGUCCAACACUGGAUAUGAAGCUGGUAUGAAGCUGACUGAGAUCAUCAGCUGCUCGACUAUUACAGUCGGCGAUGAUGGGAAGGUGCCUGUUCCGAUGAAGGAGGGCCUGCCGCGGAUCUUGUAUCCAAGUUCUGAGCUGAAGGGAUCUACUCUGUGCUCGUAA